AUGGCCAACUUCUCCAUCAUGGAUACUCUUCAAACUGGAAGGACCUCCACCAACACUACAGCUCAGGCCAGCGCAUGGAUAACCAUGUACACCAACAUGUAUGGCUGUCAUGCUCCCAACUUGACCUCUGUCUACAUGCUGAUGAUCAUGACCAAGGAUCACCUCUACCAGAAAUACUUGGAUGCCUUGAACGCCCAGCACUUCACCCAUGCAAAGCUGUUGAGUCUCACUCACUUCUGUAAGAUGUUCAAAACAGAACUUCAUUCUUCACAUUUGUGCUGA